UAUUUCCUGGUUGACCGGGAGGUCCUGGGGAAGAGAUGGUAACUUGCGCGAGAGCAAAUAUGGCGGAUCCCAUGACCAAUUUAUUGUUUUUGUUUUUCGUACCAUAAAACCCCAGAAACAAUCUCACUGUUGGUAUUUUCCACUUGGCAUACACUAGAAUAGGUAACUGGGCUCCCAAGAAACAAUGUUUUGUCUCCGAAGACUGUGUUAUUUGGGAUUCGUUGUGGGUUUCUUCUCUGGUUUUGCGCGGACUUCAGAUGUUCAAAUGACCAGCAAUCUCCCCUACAUGAACGCAACCUUUGGCCAAGUCUUGUCCGGACGUGUAUCUCGGACAAGCGAAGAUCUCUGGAUGUACGAGUACACGCGAACUAAAAAUUUGACGCAGGCAGUUCGUCUCCAGGUCUCCAGUAUAAAUGCACUGACGGAAAACCCAGUUGUGAUAGUAGCACGACUUCAAAAGGGAGUUUUGUCCUGGUCAAUUCCUAUGAUGUCAGAGGAAAGUCAUCCAUUCUAUUUUGCAAGCCGCACACUCUGUCCUAAUCUUGAGAGCAGCAUGUCCCCGACCAAGACUCAAUACUUUCAUGUACAUGUGGCUUCAGCUUCGUUGACACCCAUCAAUUAUACCUUGAAAGCAUUCUUUGUGGAGCCUUUUGAGCUCAAGUUGAAGAAACCUGUCUCUUUGUCUGCAGAUCCAGCACAGCCAGUGUACCAAGUUUUUAACUUUGACAUCUCAACCAGUGCUGUACGCAUCAAGUUUGAGUCUAACACCCAGACUUGUGCAAUACUAUCCAUUCAAGGGACACAGUGUCCUGUCUAUGACCUGGCUCGAAAUGUGGAGUUUACUGGAUACUAUCAGACUGUCACCACCAAGGGAGCCAUAACCAUACAGAAAACUCAGAUGAAGCAGUUCUAUGUUGUUGUGAUAGUGAAGUCGACAGACAAUGAGUGCCAGACAGGACAGCGAUCAACCAGCCCUAUUGCUCCAAGAGACAAAGUUACUUUGAUUACUGAUAGGCCGGCAGAUUAUAUCAGCCAUCGAACAAAGGUUUUCACUAUUACCGUCGAGCCAGUUCAAUCAGUUGAAGAACACAUCCCAGCCAUUGCUCUCCCAGUUGUGUUUUUUGGCAUGUUCUAUCUGGCUGCCUUUGCUGUUAUUCUUGGAAUAUGGUGCAAGCAAAGGGCUAAUAUUGGGAAGAGUUUCCUGGCAAUCUUGAUGCCGAAAAAGACUACAGACGGUGAUCUUGCAGGAGAAGAUGAUGCUGCCCCAAUUGAAUCUCCUCUGAGGGAAAGAAGUGCACCCCUUGCAGCUGCAUCUCACGCACAGUAUGGGGCCAUUGACACUAGUGACAGUGACAUGACUGUAUCACCACCAACUGGGGCGCAGCCUGAGGCAAAGGCCCUCCUGGAGGGCACCACCACUACUGAUGGCUGGGAGAAGGACUAUGACAUGCUGCACGACUUGGAGCAUGAGAAGGAUAUAUACCGUCUCAGGACUGGAGUGACACUUUCUGACUUAGCUAAAAAGAAGCGUAAGCAUCUGAAAAAGAAAUACCGUCUAUACCAUUGGAACCUUGUGGUGAUAGCAGUGUUCUACACUCUACCUGUGGUCCAGUUGGUAAUCACAUACCAGAAGGUGUUGAAUUCCAGUGGAGAUCAGGAUAUCUGCUACUAUAACUUUUUCUGUGCUCAUCCGGCGGGCGUACUGAGUGCCUUCAAUAAUGUGUACAGCAAUAUUGGCUAUGUCAUGUUAGGGAUUCUGUUCUUUUUCCUUGUCCUAAGAAGAGAUCGACUUCACCGGCAGGCUGUAGCAGCUAAUGAUCUGAAUGUAAAGCACAAUGGAAUUCCACAACACUACCAGAUAUUCUAUGCUAUGGCCAUGGCUCUAGUGAUGGAAGGAGUCCUAAGUGCUUGUUACCAUGUGUGCCCCAACAACUCUAAUUUCCAGUUUGAUACCUCCUUCAUGUACAUCAUAACUUGUCUUGGCAUGGUCAAGGUCUACCAGACCAGACACCCUGAUAUUGCUGCCAGUGCUCAUAGUGUAUACGCCUCAUUUGCCGCUAUCAUAUUGAUAGCUGUGGUGGGCAUGUUGUUUGCCUCAUUCACUUUCUGGUUGGUGUUCUGUAUAAUACACAUCACUGUUUGCCUCUAUGUCAGCUCUCAGCUGUACUACAUGGGCAGGGUGAAAUUUGCCGUGGGAUCAUUUUUCAGUGUGUUUCAUUUGCUGCGGUACGACUGUUGCGCCUGUCCCACAUACAAGGACCGCAUGUUACUGCUACUGAUUGCCAACAUAGUCAACUGGGCCUUAUCUAAAUGCAGUGCCAUAAAUGGUGUGGUCAACGAGCCAAGGGACUUUGCCACUUACCUGCUUGCUAUCCUGAUUGUUAAUGGCCUCCUCUACAUUGGCUUUUACGUCAUCAUGAAGCUAAGAAAUAAGGAGCGCAUCCUUCCUCUACCAUUUGUUGUCAGUGGACUGUCUUUGCUAUGCUGGAUAGCUGCACUUGUUUUUUUCUUCAAGAGGCUGACAUCAUGGCAGGAAAGUCCUGCCCAUUCACGUGAAGGAAACAGCCAUUGUUUGCUGAUGGGUUUCUAUGAUGACCAUGAUGUAUGGCAUUUCCUGUCUGCAUGUGCUAUGUUCUUUUCAUUUCUAGCAUUACUUACACUUGAUGAUGAUCUACAAGGCGUUCCUAGGACAAGAAUUCCUGUGUUUUAGAGAAAGACCAAAAACCCUUGAGCAUAUCUGCCCAGGUUUAACUAUAUUUUCUGGUCUUUAUAAAGCAAGCAAAAAUUCUGAAACAAACCUGGGCCGAAUAACCAUACAUAAGCUGAAUUUGUUUGGCUGGCCUAAAGAUGAAAAUUUAUAAAAAGGAUGCGCAAUUUGUCUACCUUGCUUUUUUUCUUAAAAUAGUUGCAUUAUCCUGUCUAUAAUGCUUGACAACAGUCUUUCUAUGUCCUCUUUGUUGAAGUUGCCAUAGAUGGGUGGUUUGAUUUGAUAAAUUCCUUUAUAUUUAAUUGGCAAAUAAAAUCAUUAUGGGUAUGUCAUGUCAAAAUGACAGAAAGAAAUUAAACAGUAUAACAGUAUCAAGGGCUAUAUAGGAUAAUCCAACCAGUCUUCAAAUUAUCUUAAUUUCAAAAGGAAUAUUUUAAUCUGAAUCGUUAUUUGUGCGCAUAUUGUGAACUAUUGAUAUCUCCUAAACCUGCAUAAAUAUAAACUUUUCUUAUCUUCAAAAUGAUCCCAAAUUACCCUCCGACCUUUGAAAAAAAAAACCUAAAUCCUUUAAACAGCCAAAUACCUCGUUAGGCACCCCCCGUUUCAACGUGCUGUAUGCGCAGUGAUUUGAUUUGUUUGUAGAACACAAACCAGCUGGAUUUAUUAGCUAAUGAUUAACUUGUGCUUCAUGUUUUACAAACAAAGUUGCUAGCAUGUGUGGGUCACUAUAAAUAACUAUUCUAGUUGAAAUAUGACCUCUCAAUUUAAUAUCAUUUAAAACACUGGUUGGAUUAUCUAAAGCCAUUGAUUGCAUCAAAUUUUAAAAUUCCAUUUUAUUUAUAUGUUUAUUGUUAAUAAUUUUAAAUUAACAGGGCCACUCUUGCAUCCCCUGGACCCAGGGCGGAAUUGAAUACAAUCUCACUCUGGGUCAGCAAGGAUGCUCUCUCUAAAGUAGACUUCUUGUGGUUCCCUGUUGUUUGAUUGAACAUGUUAGUCUAUGAGCAGUGGUAUCUUAAGGAUGGUACAAUAACAUUUGGUGAUAAGAUAAAUAUUUUUUUCAGGGAAAGUGGAGUUUGGCGAAUAAAGAAAUUAUAUAUUUA